AUGUCAGAGCCUGGAGACGGAACACCACUCCCGCCUGCCAAGCUGAGUAAGCCGAAGCGGCUCACGUUGCAAGAAAGACUUGCUCAGGCUGCUAAAUCGAAAAAGAAACAAUCUGGAGUGCUGGAUUUUCCUUCGCUCAGUGCUUGUAGCACCGCAGAAAAUAGCCCAAUAGUAACCCAGGACAAUUCGUUUGCUGAGACCGAAGUUUCUGCUCUGGAAGCCGCCAAUACGCUGGUUUCUGGGGAAUCUGGCAAGCCCAUAAGCAAUGAGCCAAAGAGCGCAGAACCAGAAGGAAAUGACUCUGGUAACAAUACAGCACUAGAUCCAGCAGCUGCUGCAGUUGCGCAGGCAUUUUUAGACGGCGUAGACGUGCUGUACAAUGCAGAUGCAUCAGUUUCGAGUUCUACAUCCAUGGGUGAUGAUCUGGGUGCUGGAAACGGAGCAAAUGAGCCAGAACCUACCCAGAAUGAUCAGCAAAGCGUGACAGAGUCACUUUCCGUGGUCAAUGGCCCUGAAACAUCCGCAAAGGGUGUAGCUGAAGAGAGUCAAACCUGUUCACCUAAUCCAGCGAUAGACGAAACACUGAAGGAAGAAAUUGCCGCUCUCAAGAAAGAGAUCCAGAAACUCAGUCUAUCUGUUGCUCUGAAAUCGCAUGAACUCGAGCUGUUGAAGAGAAAUACCGGUUCUUCCGCCGUAGAAAAAAAACUCAAAGAGAAAGAGACCGUCAUUGCUCAGCUCAUGGAUGAGGGUAAGGAACUCUCAAGCAAGGAAAUCAAACAAAAUGAACGCAUCCGUGGUCUUGUAGCGCAAAAUAAGGAGCUAGAGGCCAGCUUGAAAAAUUAUUCAGAAAAGAACAACCAGAGCCUUCUUAAGAUCAGUGAGAUCGAGGACUUGAUAAAAGUACAUAAAUUUACAUCCAUUGAUCAGCUCUUGGAUGCGAUGACAAAAUCUACCCAAAAAAUCGCCGAUCUUCAGAAUACGAUUGAUCGCACAAAGAAGCUGAAUUGGGAGGGUAAGUACAAGGAGCUUCAAAAGCUCUACGAAACUGGUAUUGAUGAGCAACGGACCACACGAAAGGAAAUUAGUGAGUUAUCCGUUCAGUUGGAACUAUUGCAAAAUCUGAGCAAGCUCGAGCUACUGUCUAAGGAGGCCAUAAUUUCCGGCUUGAACCGAGAAAUCAUUCAGUUUAAGGAUGAGGCAAGUUUGGAAGUGUCACGCUUAGAGUCGAAGAUAGAGCAGCUACGAUUGGAGAAUGAAAGCUUCUUGAAGUCUGGCCAUUUUGAGAGUAACUCAGAUUCGAACGAAUCUAGCAAGAAAAUAGACUAUCAGGAUUAUGCCAAGCUUUCACAGGCUAAUCAGAAAUUGCAAGAACAGUUCUUGUCUUCACUGGAGAAUUGGCGUUUAAUCGAGCUUGAUUUGAGACAAAAAAUCGAAAAUCUCAACGCAACAGUAGACACACUCAAAAAGAGCAAAGUCAAGGCAACUGCGGAAAUCAAGCGUUUACACAGUCAAUUGAGUGAACAAACGGAGGAAAUCACCAAGCUCAAGACAGAAAUUCAUCGCUUAACAGAUUUGGACACCGAGACUACAUUCAAACUCAAAAUGAAGAUGAAUGACUACGCGGAGCUCGAGGAGCAACUAGUCAGUCUUCGGAAUGUUUCAGAAGCCGAUCAAAAUAAUUACGAAAUGAAGAUCCAAACACUUCUGGAGACCAUCACAGCAUUACAGUCCCAAUCACAACAAUUUCCAGUGUCAAUGUCGUCUGACAACAUUUCUCUUCAGAACAGUCAUAGGCAGUCACAGGAGCAAUUCCUGAUGACGCGAGCAGAACAUCCACGGCCUCCAUUGCGCCUACACUCGCUGAAUUCGUUGACCUUCCCACUGUACCCGAACCUGGCUAUCAACACACCUCUUGUUGGUUGGGAUGACAACGGCUUCACACAAUCCCAAUUCCAAUUCAUCCCAGAGACUCCUAACUCGCAAAUGAUUAGCUCUGAAAUCUUUCCACAGGAUGCAGCCGACUCCACGUCGUCCAACACACCUGUCAGAAGCACCAGUGGUGCCACCAAAAACAUCCAGAUUAUAAGUAAAAUGAGCUCCAAUAUUCGUCGCUUAGAGAUGGAGAUUCUCACGCUUCAGGAGGAAAACGAAGAGCUCGUGAAAGAAAAGGAACAGGCACAACAGGAGAUUAUGGCGCUAUUUGACGCACAAAAGGACGUCAGCGACUUGAAGGCGCGCACAGAAGAGCUUGCGCAAGAGCUUGAAAAGAAGCGCAAGACGGAGGAUACGUUGAUGGUGCUUGUGGGCGAAAAGUCGGAGCAAGUUGAGGAGCUCCGCGCGGAUGUUGCCGACUUGAAGGACCUUAUGCGGCAACAAGUGCAGCAAAUGAUUGAGAUGCAACAGAAAUAA